UCUAGGGACGGAUACUCCUGGUACCAGCCGAAAACCCUGUACGCCUUCCAGUACAAGCAACCCAUAAUCGGAUACAAACAAACAUAUGGGCAUAGAAUUAUCCGUCAGGGAGGAUACGGAGGUUACGGAGCUGGUGCCGGACACGCUAACAUUGGCUAUGGUGCCACCAUCAGCCACGGGGCCCAUGGUGCCGGCUAUGGCGGUAACACUCUUGGAUACGGACACAACAACCUCGGAUAUGGUCACAACAACCUUAGAUACGGUCACAAUAACCUUGGAUACGCUCAGAGCAACCUUGGAUAUGGCCACAACAACCUCGGAUACGGUCACAACAACCUUAGAUACGGUCACAAUAACCUUGGAUACGCUCAGAGCAACCUUGGAUACGGUCACAACAACCUGGCAUACGGUCAGAACAACCAUGGAUACGGCCUCGUCAGCCGUGUUCAUUAAAUCGUGGAGCACGUUUAGACCAAAUAUAUCUUAUUCGGGAAUCUUUUUUGGGAUUUCACCUGUGAUUAGUUAAGCAAUGUUAUCUUUCUAUGAGAUAGCAUUAAUCUUAGCUGCAUAACUAGCAGUAACAUGCUAGAUUAGAUAUCCACAUGAUGCCUGCAGAUGCCACAUUUGUUGAUUUUGUUGAAGUGUUAUCACAUAGAUUGCCAUUAUGCUGCAUAUAUAAUACUUGUAAAUAAUUACAAUCUAGUUGCUUUUUACUUAAUUUAAAUUUAAUAAAUUAUUGACGAACGUGUGUAACAAGUCA